AUGAAGUUCCAAAACGAUAAUGAGAAACAAUGUUUCGAAAAGGUUAUUAAAGUUUUACCAAAACUAAUUAAGGAUAAAUGUAAUGGCUAUGAUGAGUUAUGGGGAUAUAAAUUAAAUUACGAGGACAGUAAUGAAGAGUCACUAGAGUAUUAUGAUGAGGACAUUGCACGUUCUCUUGUUUAUAAAAUUUGCAAAGGUUACCAAUUCGAAUAUGACACUGUCAUUCAAGUUUUGGUCGAUAUCUUAAAAUGGAGAAGUAAAUUUAACCCAUUGAGUGCUGCUUUUAAAGAAUCUCACAAUGAAAUUUUGCAAUCCGUUGGAAUUUUAACUUCUUAUCCUGAUGAUGAAGCAAAUAAGAAAAUUAUUACGUGGAAUUUGUAUGGUAAAAUCGUUAAACACAAGGAACUGUUCGCUGAUUCAGAAGCAUUCAUUCGUUAUAGAAUCGGUUUGAUGGAAAGAGGAUUGAAAUUGCUAGAUUUCACCAGUGAAGAUAACUCAUAUAUGACCCAAGUCCAUGACUACAAAGGUGUAUCAGUGUUCAAAAUGGAUCCACAAAUUAAGAGUUGUACUAAGCAAACGAUUGCAAUCUUCCAAAAAUACUAUCCUGAAUUACUAUUCGCUAAAUAUUUUGUAAACGUCCCAAGUAUAUUUAGUUGGGUGUAUGACUUCUUAAAGUCUUUCAUUAAUGAGGAAACUAGAAAGAAAUUUGUUGUACUAAAUGACGGUAAAAAAUUGGGCAAAUAUUUAAAGAGUUGUCCAGCUGCUCAAUACGAAGGUGUUGGUAAGCAAAGUUUAGAAGAACAGAAUGUUGAAGCACCUAGACCAACACCAUAUGGGUUAUAUCUUUUAGAACAACAAGCUAGUGUAGAUAUUGAUUAA